AUUUUAAUCUGUAACUUUUAAAUAUUUUAAAUUGUGUAUACCACCUAGAGAUGUACAUAUUAGGUGGUAUAAAAACAUGAUUGAUAAAGUAUUUUCUUUUUUUAUCCUGUUUGCAAAAUUUGCAUAUGUUCUUUUUUCAUACCCUAUUACAGUAACGUACCCAAAACAAAAUGGCCUUAAGAACAUGCCUUUACCUCUCAGCCCUUCCUAUUAGAGGAGGAACUACAAAGCAUGCCAAUAUCCAAAAAGAGGAACUGAGAGUUCUUCGCACCCUGGAAAACCUAUAGGAGAAUGAACUCCACACACGUUUCUCUGGUUGUCAUAUUCUGGGAGUGUUUGAUCACACCAACUCAGAGGUGGCCAAAGACCUCCAGGUGCCUGGGGCAAGGUAGUUCUGUACACACACGAGGAAGAUGAAAUCCCCUGGCAAUUACAAAUUAAGAUGAAAGUCUAGCCAUUCCUCUUAAAGUCUGGUUUGGCAAAUUUGCUGAUGAACUCCUAGAGCAGAUUUCUAGUAAACCCUUUCCAGUUUUGUGACGAUCUGAUCAAACUGAGGGAAAUAGAUCUUGAGGGCGCUUUUGAUAUUUUAUUGGGAAAGAUACAUAAGGAAGGAAAAGCUCAAUUUGCUACAGAAUGGAACAAAGGUUUGCAUGUAAUCAGGAUAUCCCCAAAUGGUCAAGCAGGUGCUGAUGAAUGUGGAGGAGCAAUUACAUUGCUGCUAGUGGAAUACUGGGUGCCUGAAUGGUUUCUGUCUGGGCAGCUGUGGAAUGAAGCAAACAAGAAGUCCCUGUGGCUUCCUUCCUCUUCCUCUUGCUGAAUUCUCCAGAGCGAUUGUUUCCACUUUGUCAUAAAAAUCAUUCUGUUAUCUUUGGCCAAAUUUGGGAGCAGAGAGAGAGACUUUUUGUGCAUUUUGUGCAUCUGUCUCUCCCUGUGUGCCUUUGGAUCUCUCAGUAUGGCUCAUGGUGAAGUAGAAGACUACCUUAAAAUGGAAAGUUGCCUCAGUCCAGUUCUAGUCGCUCAAUCUGGCAAGCAGUUCUUCACGUAAUGGAAUCCUGGAGUGACCACAAUGCCCAUCACUCCGGAGAAUGCGGUGCUUUUUCUUCCCAUCCUUUACCGAUGGCUGCAAAACCAUCUGAGGGAGGAAGUGGAAGAGCCGGAACAGAGGCUUUGCCAUUCCGCCAUCAAGAAGCUGAGGGAGUACAUCCAGCUGAACUUCCCAGUGGAAGAGGGCAAACUGCAACAUGGGACAAGACCCCUGGACAUGGAGAUCUGUACUGCCUACCUGACCAAGGAUCCAGGAAAGACAGAGGCUCUCGGCCUAAGUUUUGGAAACAUCCCUGCUCUGGGAGACUAUGGAGAAAAGCGGAGAAUGGGGAGAAAACGGAAGGGGCAUAAGGGUCCUGUGCUUGAUGUUGGAAGCAUUUGGGUCACCGACUUAAAGAAAAACAGUCCAGCUGGGAAAUGUGGAAGAGUUCGCCUGAGAGAUGAGAUCCUGUCACUGAACGGACAGUUGAUGGUCGGGGUGGAUGUCAGUGGUGCAAGCUACCUUGCUGAUCAGUGCUGGAAUGGCGGCUUCAUCUACUUGAUCAUGUUGCGUCGCAUUAAGCGUAAGGCCCCUCUUCCUCCCUCGAAUGGCAACAACAGCAACAGCAGCGAGCCCAAAGCCAGGCCUACCUCCGAGCCCAGUGGGAAGACAGCUCAAAAUGGCAAAAGGACUAGAAAGUUCGGGGUCAUUACCAGAACACCCGCUGGUGGCAAGGAAAGUAAAGGCAGCAAAGCAAGCCCCCGGAUGGAGCAUGACAAUGGACACUGCGCCCUUAUGGAAGUGGACAGGCUGCAGCCAGAGGGGUCCAGAGCAGAAAGUAAUGCAGAAGAUCGGCUUCAGAAAGCAGAUUCUCCUUUCCCAGCAGGACAAUACAGGUCCCGCCUUUCAGAUGGAGGGAUUCUAGACCUAAACUCCAGUGAACUGGCCUUGCAGAGAGACGGCUGCCGGAUAUGGAAGAUGACCAUGAUGAAAGGAACGGAUGGGCUUGGAAUCCAGAUCACCGGAGGCCGAGGAUCGAAGCGUUCUCCUCACGCCAUCAUUAUUGCACGAGUUGAAGAAGGAGGCUCUGCUCACAAGGAUGGUAGACUGAAAGUAGGUGAUGAGCUUCUAAUGAUCAAUGGGCAGUCUUUGGUUGGUCUCUCCCAUCAAGAUGCCGUCGCUCUUCUUCGGUCAGCUGAAGGCCUCGUAUACCUGGUGGUUGCAAGCAGGGAAGGGGCAGAAGAGGAUUUUCUCAGUUACCCAUCGACAAGUUUGCCAGAUUUGAUUAGCACCUGCUCUGUCCAAGAUGCAGCGCCCUGGACUGACAAUAAAGAGAAUGAAGAGCCAGAGAAGGAGGACAAUGACAAAGGAAAGAACCUGGUGCCUGAAGUCCAAGAACCUGCAGCAGAUAUGACAGAUCCAGAUAAAUCUCCUGAUCCUGGUGGUGCAGAUGCGUCCAAAGAAAACUGCCAAAGUCCAACUCUCGGGGGUGGUAUAUUGAAGUACAGGAGCAGAUCUCAAGGGGCGGCAACUCGUUUAGAAUCUGUGGGUGAAGAUGAUGAGUUGACAGUGGAAAAUGGAGAUGUGAAUUAUGAAAUAGCAAUGAAAUAUUCCCGGGGAGGGAGAAAACAUUCUCUUCCACAGCAUCUGGACACAGGAACCAGACAGGAGUACCAUAUUGUUAAGAAAUCUACCCGCUCACUGAGUGCUGCUCAAGUAGAGUAUCCAUGGCGACUAACCCAGCCAUCUAUUAUUUCCAACAUUGUUCUGAUGAAGGGGCAGGGCAAGGGUCUUGGAUUCAGCAUCGUGGGAGGACAGGAUUCUGCUCGGGGGCGCAUGGGAAUUUUUGUGAAGACAAUUUUCCCUAAUGGAGCUGCAGCUGCUGAUGGCAGACUUAAAGAAGGGGAUGAACUCCUAGAAGUUAAUGGAGAAUCCUUACAAGGGCUGACUCACCAAGAAGCCAUUCAGACGUUUAAGCAACUCAAGAAAGGUGUGGUGACCCUCACUGUGCGAACCAGACUUCGCAGCCCAAGCCUUACUCCAUGCCCAACUCCUACAUUACUGAGCCGAUCCAGCUCCCCGAGCUCCAGUGCCAGUGGAGGAACUCCCUUCCCUUCCUCUGAUGAUGGAGACGUUUCUGCAUCAAAUCGUAAGGGGCCAGGACCAAAGGACCGGAUCGUCAUGGAAGUGACUCUCAAUAAAGAACCUUGUGUUGGGCUGGGCAUUGGUGCCUGCUGCCUCACAUUGGAGAACAGCCUUCCUGGUAUAUAUAUUCACAGCCUGGCCCCAGGAUCUGUGGCUAAGAUGGAUGGAAGGUUAAGCCGUGGGGAUCAGAUCCUAGAAGCAGAUUCAAUCAGUCUGCGGCACGCAGCCCUGAGCGAAGCUUAUGCUAUUUUGAGUGAAUGUGGUCCAGGCCCAGUAAGCCUUAUCAUUAGUCGCCAUCCCAACCCAAAGGUUUCUGAACAGGAGAUGGAUGAAGCCAUAGCACGCACCACUCAGAGAGAAAGCAAAGAUGCUUCUUCCCCUCACCCCACAGGGAGCCUGCCAAAAAGUCCAUCCCCGAGUGUGAAGUCUAAACAGACAGAACCUUCCUCACCCUUGAGCUGGACAAUGAAGCGUUUCUUGGAGCCAGCAAGUCGGCAGGGAUCCAUCAAUUCUGAAUCGGAGCUUUCCCAGUACUUCUUACAAGAUGGCGCGAGCCAGUUGUCGCUGUCAGAGACUACAAUAACAGGCUCCAGUGACGAGGAACAACUGCGUCCCAAAAGUGGGAGCAGCUCCCUGGAUGAGAGUUUUCCUUCUCCUGGCAUUCCAACCACCAAAGAAUCAGGCCUAUGUGAUUCGCCCGGCAGUGGAAACUCACCAGGUCCUGUCAACAAGCACAGGGAGAGUACGCCCCGCCAUGUUAGUUUCAGCGACAGCCCCAAAGGUGUGCGGACUGCAUUCCAGAGGCAGAGGAGGAUCGCUUUCUAUGAUGGCGAUGCCAGCGAUGAAGAUGACUUUGGCAAACCAGAUGGUGUUCGAUUUCAAAGGGGGCCAAGGUCCAAAGGCCAGAGGAAGGUGGAGAGUAACUGUGAGGUUACCAGUGCGACGACUCCUGUAGAAGGUGGUGAUACACAUCUGGAGAAAGAAUUGGCAGUAAAUAACCACAGAGAGUCAUCUGUUUGUGGCCGCAGGGAUUCAACAGAAGGCAUCAUGGAGCAUUCAAUGAACUCCCCUUUCCUUGCAGUCAAAUCAUUUGAUUACCCAAAUGUGCCAGAGCAUCACCCAAGUCAUCUGAGCUUGAAGGAUUUCCGAGAGGCACAGCUGGAGUCUAAGAGAUCCCCCAAACUGGAGCAUAAAGCAGUCACGCGAGUGAAAAGCCUGAUGAGCAUCGAGUACCAUGGUGUCCCCAGGCAGAAGAAUGAAGAACAUGGUCCUUGCAACAAGCCCGUCGGGAGGAUGCUUCCACACAUCCGGAAGAGAGAAGCCCAGGAGAGUCCUCUUGGACAAAGCCAUGCUGAAGCAGUUACCUUAACUCGGAAUGAAAAUGAAUCAUUUGGCCUGGAUCUGGAAAUCCAUGCCGCACCCUUAUGUGUCGUGAUAACAAGCUUGCGGCCAGGUGGAGCAGCUGAAAGGGCAUCUAUGGGAAAGCUGUCUGCUGGAGAUGAGAUCCUUUCUAUCAAUGGUAUUCCAGUCCACGGAUUCUCUUAUGAAGAAAUCUGUCACUAUGUACGCUGUCUUCCCACAUCUAUCACACUGGAAGUGCAGAAAGCUGCUUCUGCUAUGAACAGAUUUGCAAAUCUAAUUAUGUCCUCGGAGUCUGAUGAAGCAAUUCAGCUGGACACAAGCAAUGUUCUCAUGAUUGAUGAAGAAAACAAUUUUGCAAAUCGCAAAGAACCUUUGCACAGGGACAGUCCAGGUUCUGUGGCAGGAAGGACAAUGUUGCCAUCUGAUGCCAAGACCAAGGAGAUGCCAACAAAUUCCUUGGAAACAAGCUGUGCCCAGGGCAGCACUGUGAGUCCAUUAUUGGAUGACUUCCUUGGCAAAUUAAAUUCUUCAGAAGAAAAGGAUUCUAAGUGCUUAUUAAUCAGGGACAAGUGUGCCGAGGAAGACGCUUCUGUGAUGGCAGAAGAUGGUUGUUCUAAUUCUCGAUCAGAUAGCAUUAAGAAUGACCUUCCCGGAAGAGCUCUGAAUAAUACAGCGAAUGCACAAGAAAUCUUGGGCUUUUCUGUGUUGGAUUCCAUUAAUACAAACAAGAUUUUCACUGUGAAUCAAACUCGUUUGAGUAACUAUUCUAGAAAUUUUAGCAGUUUAAAUGAAGACACUUUGGUUGGGAUGGAGCGUAAAAAUGACACUCUUCCAAAAUCUAUGUAUGCUGCUGCAGAGGAUUCCAGCUCAGACACUGAAUCUGUAGUUGAAAUGCCUGGACUUGCAGACAGUUCUUUGCUCUUACUGUCUGCUCGUGACAAUCCCUUGGAGACCCAUAACAAUCUUGAGUCAGAUGAGGAGCAAAUUGAAAUUUGCUGUUUGAAUAGUGAGCAGCAGCAGAUUGCUCAAAAAGAGCAGGUCACAUCUACUGCAAAAGGACUUCAUCAUCCACCAGAAUGCAGUCCUUCAGAUAAUAAUUUGGAGGCAGAAGGCAAGGCGGAAAUUGGUUCACUGGAACUGUCCAAUGGGAAAUUCUCACUGGAAGAAUCAAACUCACCAAGGCACCCCAAUAUAGAAUGUAUGGUUCCAUCCACAUCCUUUCAUUCUCAGGUUUCUCCACCAGGGAUAGAUAGAUUAGAUCAUCUGGUGGGUGACAAUGCAGGUUACUCUUUCCAUGACAAUGGUGCCUUAAGGAGAGGAGGAAGGGUUAGCUCAGAGAGCAGAGAGAUGCUUAUGGAAACAUGUGGGACUUGCAAAACUGAUGCACAAGAAAUGCAUUUGUUCAUGACAAGAAACAUCAAUGGUUGGGACAGCAACCUUCUAGACAAAGAUGAACAGAUUAAAAAGCAAAGAUCAAAUACAGAAAAUGAAUUAGGAUCAGAUUCCAGCAGUCAUACAAGUGGCUAUCCUUCUACUUUAACAAAGAAGGGAACCAGUGAUUCAGCACACUUGAGUAAACCAGACAGCAAUCCUGUGGACUGUGCAUCACAGAGAACAGGGUGCAGCUCCAGAUCUCCUCUUUUGACAAAAUCAAAAGAUCUGAGUAAGGCCACUGCUGCUCAUGAAUUACCAGGGAAGAAUGAAAAGAUAAAUGCUCUUCCUGCCUCUAAGUGUUCAAAUUCAAAAACUCAAAGCUCUGGCCAAGGCAAAGGCAUUACAGUCCCGCACAGUCCAUCCUCUUCAAAAAAAUUGCAUCAGGAAACCAGAGGAAUUCCCCAGAAGAGUCUUGCAGAUACUCUUUCAAAUAAUCAACGCAACAAACCAGGGCCAAAGUUAAAGGGUCUUACUAUUAAAAGUAAGACCAAGACAAAUCCAGAUGCCCCUAGCACUGUUCCUGCAAAAGGUGGUGGCAUUGAUCAGAAAAAGACUUCCCUGCCUGUUCAUUUGUCACCCAGACUUCUUACAAGAAAAGUCACACAUAUGGAACCACCUAGCAGGAGCCUUACAACAGGUUCCAGGACUCUUCAACAGGAUGAGGAUAAUAAACCAUCUUUAGUAGUGCCUCAGGAAUCACCUUCACCUCUGUUGAAUGGUGACAGCAACACUGUGAAAAACAAUAAAGGUAUAUCCAUUAGUAAUUCACAGCCAAGUGAAGAUGGAAUGGCAGAGGAUCCUGCAAAGGAAAAAGAAACACCAGUCUCAAUGUGGGUGUCCAGGAACAGUGAAAAGAAAGAUACGGCUGAUGCUGAGGACUACCAAACAAGAGAAGGUUCUCCUCAGAUCAACACACCUUCCAAAAUUACAACCAAGAGUGAUUGUCUGAGUGACAGAACUGAAAACCAUAGAAUGGGCAUGAAUUUGGUGAAUCAUGGUGGAUGUGAAUUUGACCCAUUAGAUUCUGAAAACAUUGGGUCUUCUAAAAAAGAUCCUUCUGGUUUUCUUUAUCCUUCAGCUAGGCAGGAGCAGACAGGUCAGGAAAUCCAACGCACUUUCAUUGAGGUGAGAUUAUCUUCCUCCUCCUCCACACCAUCCUCUUUAAUUCCAGAGGCAUCUCUGGAAAAAGAGGACAGUCACAAUAAGAACAACCAGCUAGGAAAUGUGAUGCAGAAUUUGAGGCAGAAAGCUUUUGAGGAAGAAAAUGCACACACGCUGUUAAAACCUGUGACGAGGACAUACUCAAUGCCUGCUCAGUUAUCAAAUCAUAUGAGGGAGGAGAGCAAUGCUAUGGAUUCUCCAUCACAACAUGUCCAGGAUAUUCUGAGCAAUGUUUCAGGUGAAAAAUACCCUCAUUCAGAGAUGGGUAUGCUGAAAAUUGUCCAUCUCAGUCUGAUGAAUGGCCAGGGCACCCAAGGUGGAAAAGAGACAUCUCAUAGUAUCUCAAAAUCGAGCACCCAAGACUUGCCCUUGCCUAGUGACAGCAGCAGUCGCAUUGCGGAGAAGUUAAAAACUUGUCGGAGAAAUUAUUACUAUUAUGAACUCAACUGGCCACACGAUCCCAUUUCGUCUUUCUCAGUGAAACAGAGAAUUAAAUCUUUUGAGAACCUUGCCAAUUUCGACAGGCCUAUGGUCAAAGCCAUAGACAUACAUUCUACCUCUCUCAGCUCUAAGCUUCCCAUCGGGAGAAGGUUGUCAGGUGGAGUUUCUGCCGUUUCAGCUACCAGCGUGAACGAUGCCGUCCAGGCACUGAGACGAAGCUUGAGCUCCUACUGUGAAAGUGAAGCUCCAGCAUCGCCACGGAUGACAAAAUCCUCCACUAGCGCUGCAUUAAUGCAUCUGCAGCAGAAUUCCACUGAGGACAGCAAGGAUGAUGCUCACAUGGAGAAGUGUGAAAAGGGCGGUGCUUUGGAAAGUGCAGAUAGUUUGCCACUGUCUGCCACCAAUGCUCGAAGAAGCCGGACCUCAGGGGGGCACAUCAGACACACACCUUUAUCCCGCUCCAAACUCCGGGAGCUGAGGGCCUUGAGCAUGCCAGACCUCGACAAGCUGUGUAGCGAGGACUUCUCUAUGGAGUCCAAAUCUGCCCACUUCAAGACAGAAAUGGAAGUCACCCCUGCAACCAGACCUCUUGGCCUUCCCAUCGAAAGCAUUUCCAGUUUGAAUGAAUGUGCCGAGCAAUCCAGUCUUGUGAUGGCAAAUAGGCAGCAUUCCAAAGACAGCAGUCCCUGGACCAGUGGUUCUGGCACUCCUGGAUCAGCAUCCGACGAGGAAGUGGUACAGCAUGAUACCAGCACUCAGAUGCACUCAGGGAAAAGCUGGUCAAUCAGCUUGGAUCAACUCUUGGUCUCCACUCUGGACCAGCAGAAACUGCAAUCAAUUUUGUCUUCAGUGACAACAAAAUGUGACAUUUUUUCACUACUUCAGGAGGCCAAAGCACAAGCAGAGUGCAAAGAAGAUGUUUACUUUGUAGUCUUGAAUAAAGAGGAAGGAUCUGGCCUGGGAUUCAGCGUUGCUGGUGGAGUAGACCUGGAACAAAAAUCAAUCAUCGUCCAUCGUGUGUUUUCAAAGGGGGUGGCAUCCCAGGAAGGGAUCAUCCAUCGCGGAGACCUCAUCCUUUCCAUCAAUGGCGUUUGUCUUGCGGGUUCGGUGCACGGAGACGUGCUCAAUGCUCUUCACCAGGCCCGGCUGCACAAAUAUGCCAUUGUUGUCAUCAAGAAGGAGAAAGAUGGAGAAAAUAUCUCUUCUUCCAAGCCUGAAAUAUGUGCUCCUGGAAGACAAACUUUGGUGGCAGUGAAAGCUGCAGUGAUGGGGAAAGGAGCAGGUCCAAGCAGAGAGCUGAAUGAUGUCAUUUGUGUGGAACUUUUGAAGACAUCUGCUGGCUUGGGAUUCAGUCUAGAUGGAGGAAAAGCUUCAAUCUGUGGAGACAGACCUUUACUUAUCAAAAGAAUAUUCAAAGGUGGCGCUGCAGAACAAGCUGGAAAGCUGGAAGCUGGAGAUGAAAUUCUUUCCAUUGGAGGAAAAUCCCUGCUCGGACUCAUGCAUUAUGAUGCCUGGAAUAUCAUUAAAUCUGUCGCAGAGGGGCCUGUGCAAUUGCUUAUCAGAAAGCAUCAGCCUCCAGUAUGAUGGGUGUAGUCCCAUCCAGCUAAACGUACCUUUUGAGCGGGCACUUCCAAGCAGUGUAUACCGGAACUAGGACACAUAUUUCAGAAGUUGAGUCUCAGUGAUUCAGUGGCAUUGAUCUACAGGAGAAUGUUUCAUUCAGCUAAGGAACGUCAAGAUACAUCAGCCAGGAAUACAUGCCUGCCAGUGUGCUAUUGUUUUAAAAAUGGCAAGGACAUUGUUCCCCACCAGGAUGGAAGAAAUCAAAGUGCCACAGACUUUUCCAAUAGGCUACAUGAACUUCUGUUACCUGAAUUUUCGCAGUCCUGGAGAUUUCCUGAGGAAUCACCUGUGUGGAGCUGCACCAAAGGCAGGUUAUUUUGUUCAGGGCUGAACUCAAGUCAGGACUCAACCUUGGAAUCUGUUUUCAGUACAAGGGCUCUGCUCCGUAAUAUGUGAAGAGAAUACAUUCGAGCACGUGCAGAGUGCACUUGACACAUCACCUGGGCAACCCCAACCAAGCUCACAUAUCUGGAAUUGUGGUGGCAGGGAAGGGUUUUAGGUCAGAGGGUGGGACUGCCAGGCAACUUGACUUCUCCCACCCCAUUUUAGAAAUCACUUACUGGCUAUGUGUGACUUUGCACUUGCCAUAUAGAUGGCACAUUGAUGGUACUUUGCAUAGACAACAUGGGAGAACUCAGUAGCACCUACAAAAAAUAGUCUCUGGUUUCUUCCUGCUACAGUCAGAGGAUUCAAGUGUCCUCUUUGGAGCCACCCAACUAUUACAUGACAAGAUUGUUUCCAGUGUCUUGGAACAGAGCAUAACUUGGUGGUAGAGUACUGUACAUCCUUUGCAUGAAUGACCUCCCAGUUCCAGUCCCUGGCAUCUCCAGUUAAAAGUUCUUAGGUACCAGAGCUAGGAAGAACCAUUGCCUGAGACCAUGGAAUGCUGCUGAUAUUCAGAGUAGGCAGUUCUGGGCUAGACAGACCAAUAGUCUGGCUUGUAUAUGGCGGAUUCAUAUGGGGGCCUCAAAAGGAACCUCAGGUUUAGUGGCAACCUCGUCCUCAUUCUCCCUGUUGCGAAAUCACAGCAUUUCAGUGCCCAAAGAAGAAGACGUGGCAUAAUUUUUAUACCUGGGAACUAUUUAUUGGUACAUUUAUUGGGAAGUGUAUGUUGGUGAAUUUUUUAAAAUCAAUUUUUUUAGUUGUGUGUUCUUGACAUUGUUACUCUUUGCAAGGUGAGAGAGGAAACUUGCCUUCUGUUUGUGAGAAGUGAGAUUUUCUGGCCAUAUUGCAUAGUUUUGUUUUCAGGUGACUUGUGGUCCUUCAUUGAUUUAUUAAAAAUAGGACAAUCUUUGGAACAUUUUUACUAAGGCUGCAACCUUAAACACACUUCCUAGGGAGUAAACCCCAUUAAACACCAUGGAACUUACUUCCAAAUAGAAUUACACUACACUUGGUUCCUUUGGCUUUUAAAUAAAAAUAAAAAUAAAAAUGGUAUGAAACAAAGCUUGCACAACUUUGGGAAACCAGAACUGCAAAUGCUUUUUACCAUGGAAUUCUGAACUCUGUUUAAAUAUAUAUGAAUACACAUCUAAAUAAGCAACUUGUAUUAAGUCACUAAUAAUUGAAUAUCAGACUGGAGGAAACCAUGAAGAGAGAGAUUUGUCCUAGUUGGAUAUUUUAUUCCAAACAGUUGGAGCCUUUCUGCAAGGGGAGAUACAAACUCUUUUGAGAUACACAAGUGAAUGAUCAAAAUUUUCAAGCUUGGAGGCCUAUAGUUAAAUAAUUGGAAAUUAGAUGACCUGGCUUUCAGAAGAAAUGGAGCUUACAUCAUUUCCUAUAAUGGCAAGGGAAAUGUCUGCCUUUAUCAAACUGGUCUGGUAUCCAGUUAUACUUCUGUAUAAUCAGAAUGUUAAAAUAACCGAAAAACUGUUUGCUUAAACUAAGUUGUAAGGGGUGAAAGGAUAAAGACACAAGAAAUUUGAAUAAUUGGGAGAUUUCAAAAACCCAGACUGCUUGGAGAAAGAUUCUGCACAUGUAAAUUCUGAGUGGCCAUAUUUUCUGCUGGUUCUAUGCUAAAAUCAUGUUUUUGUAGUAUAUUGUGUGUGCAUAUACAUAUAGGCAAUUACUGGGUUUGCUGAUAUGGAUAGAGUGUUGUGACACUUACAUGUUGUUGCCCCCGCCCCCACACCAAGGGGAAUUCAGAUAUGGAAGGACACUUCCAGACAUGUGGCCAGUGUGAAGGCAGCUGUACACCCACCACUGCAGCAUGAUGCUCAAUGAGGUCAAUCAAAGUGGCUAGAUGUAUCUUUCCAGGAAGUUGGGGAGAUCCAUGGCCCCCAGUUGUUCUUCAUGGCUGGUUACCAGAGCCAGACUGAAGCCUUUGUGUGUAGUUCAGAGUUCAUUUUUUAAAAUGUGUGUGCAUAAUAAUACGCUCCAGAGCAUCACAAGCACUUACCUUUAAUGUUGCACACAGAGUCAAAUCACAUAUCUGACAAGUUGUUUUGAUGUGUACGUUAUUUUAGGCACAGAGAUUUUUGUAGAUAGAAUAGUUAUUUUUUUCUAAAGCAGGGGUGACUGAAAAAUACACAGGUGUCAAAGUAAAAUCACGAUGCCUAAAAACAGAGGGGGAAACUAGUUUGUUCCUAUUGCCUUAAUUUGCCAUCAGAGAUAGCUACAAAAUCCCAGGUCACGCCAAUGCUGAAUAACAAGUAGGUUUUUAAAAUCCAAACUUUUGCAAAUGGCUUCUGUAUUUAUGAGAGAGUCUUCCAUUUCAUUCCAGCCUUAUAUUGUGUGGUUGUAUUUUAUAUGUUUGUUUGUCUGAAUGUAUAGUUUGCCUACCAUAAAGGCGUGGCAUGAGUAGUCUCCCUUCAAAUGUUUCUUCCAUUACCAGUCUUGAAAUAGUGUAAUUCCCCACCUCCAAUCAGAAAUUUCUUUUUAAAGCCCUCUUGAAGAAAGAAAGAAAGAAAGAAAGAAAGAAAGAAAGAAAGAAAGAAAGAAAGAAAGCAUCCAGCCCAAGGAAGAGUUCUAAGCAACUUGAGAAAUUUUUGCCUUUCUUUGUGAACAUUGGGUGAGCCUGUUAACAGAAUAUUUUACUGAUCCCACAACUCUAGAAUGGCUCUAAAUGGAACUUUUAAAUGGCUCUAAACAAACUGGUAAAAGAAGAGAGCAAUUCGGUAAAAAAUAAUGGCUUACAUCCUGUGCAGUGUUAUGGAGCCAUGUUAUGGGGCUUCUAAGGAAGCCCCAGUGCUUUUCUGAAACAACAGCCCAACAGUUUCCCCCGUUGUCAUGAAUGGGGAAAACUGGGGGACCACUGCCCCAGAAGACUGUCAGAGCUGCCUUAGAAAUCUGCAGCAACCCCGGGGAACAGUGUUAUGGGUCAAUAACUCUGCACAUCACGUAUGUCAAUGCCUGUAAUCCAGUGCUUAAUUACUUCUGAUCUUUUAACCCGUUUUCCAAAUUGCAGCCCGUUUAUGAUGUCCUAGGAAGCUCAGUUGGAGCCACUGAAUCUCGUGCAAGUCCCUAUCUGAAUAGGUACCAACCAGCUUCCAUCUGUGAUGCAGAGGAUUUUGCUUUUAUGAUGACUAGUUAAAGGCCUCUGACACUUCACAGGCAAAGGGAGGACUGCUGCUGAAAUGCUGCAGCCUUCCUCCUCCUGUUGCCUUUCCUUUGUUCUCUGUCCCCUACCUUCAGCUCCUAUCCCAUAUUCCAGCUGUUCUCAAACUUGGGUCCUCAGAUGUUGUUGGUAUUACAACUCCUACCAUCCCCUGCCACAAGGGCAGCUGGGCAAUGUGUCAGGGGCUGAUGGGAGUUGUAGUCCAACAACAACUGGGGACCCAAGUCUGAGAGCGAACACCUCCUGUAUUCCAUUCAGCACUGCACUCCCCGAUGUUAAGCACUUGACAAAGUGAUGGAGUGCUGGGAACUGGCUGUUAUAUACACUGAUAUACAGUACCAAUCAUUAGCUAAUUUAGAUUUCUAAACUGUAACAGUGUGUUAGUUUUUCCUCCCAGAGACGGGGGAACCCCCCAGCUUCUCAAUCCAAUUUUUAAGGUUUAUUAAAAUGAUGGCUGCCAGCAGCAUACAAAUGCUUUCAUCCUGAAUAAAGCAGGAUUUAAAAUAGGAAGAUGUUUCAUGUGAGCAUUUGCCAUCAUUAACGUGAAGUGUGUCUGGAAAAUGAGGCAUAAUACACCAUGGUUUUGUAAACAUUACAAGUCAUUACAAGAGAAUUUUUCAGAAGAUAUUCAAAUUGUUUGCAGACAGUCUUGCAGUUCCCAUCUGUUAGGUCUGUUUGUUAAACACAACGAGAGGAGAUUAUGUCAUAAAAUGCUGAAUAUAGUUUAAGAGGUAUAAUGAAUUUAAUGUCUAUGCUGAUCUGUAAACUUAUUCUGGAUAUACAUGAUAUUGUUCUCUAUUACUGUUAAACCUUUUACUUAAUUUAAUAGUAACCCUUUGUGUGGUGAUUCAUUACCAAAAAACAAACAUUUCUUUUGAUUCAAUUGAACUGAAAUUGGCAUAUUCAAAAUCUGUCUGUACUACAUACAACAGGAAAUCCACCUUCCAGGAAACCAGUUUAGUAAGGAGAUGAUUAGUCAUAUGCCACACAUCUUCACCAUAUUUGAUGUAAAUGAAGUUUAUUUGUACAGUAUAUGAACAUAAGGAUGAAAGUGGAGAGCACACUCAAUAAGAAACCAGACUCACAGCCUCUAGUCACACAAGCAGUAGAAAAGAUCAUAAGUCUGUAGAUUGUUCCACUUCAGGCUGCAGCUGAGGUGGUCACAGGAUGGAACUUUAUUCCACUAAAAAGAAAAAGGAUUCCCUGUACCAAGAAAAUGAACUGGUCAAGGAGAAGGCUUUUAGCCUAUCCAUUUCCCUGACAUGCUAGUUUUCCACAUGCAGAGAAUUUUUUCUCACAUGGAAGCAUUCAACUAUGUUAUUCCUCACCAGCAAUCUGAGUCAUAUAACAUCCAAACACAGGUCAUUUGCUGUUUGUAUGUACUAGGCCACAAUUUAGCUAUGUGUGUGUGUUUUUUAAGUGUGACACACUACUUGUAUGAUAUUGUAUAUUGACACCAUUAUUUAUAUAAAUAUAUCCUUUGUGUUGAGAUCAUUUUAAAAAUGCCUUGUUGUUAUAAGAGAAGUGCAAUAAUAGGAAUUAGACUGUACUUUUUCUAAAGGUUGCUUUGCCCCAUUUGCAUCUCAGUAAAUCCUCCUCCUCCCCGAUUCCCCCAUUUUUUAGUGAUUUUUUGAAAAUAAACAUGAGGCUUAGUACUGCUC